CGGAGUUGGUGUAAUCUGAUUAGAAGUGGAUUAAGUUGAAAAAUAACCGAACUUUCUCUAUUCAUUUAUGGGAGUGUUUGACACGGGCGAGCUUAUUUAAGUAUUUGAAAUAGUGGGUUGAAAAUUUGAUGUUGUUCAAAGAUUUUUGUAAUUUCCUUCGAAGUUAUGAAGAUAAAUUGGUUAAGGGAUUUGAAAUUCUAUAGAAGUUUUUUCAGUUGACAUUCUUGACUUGGGGGAUACUAUAUAUUUUCUUCCCUUCAUCUGGGGUUUGAGCUGGAUUUGCAUAGAUACUUAACCUUCUGAUCAUCUAUGAGGAGUUUCUGUUAGAGGAUUUUGGAGAAUACUUGAAAAUCUUGGAAGGUUUUUGUUGAGAUAUUGAAGUACAGAUUGAAGAUAUUUAGCUGCUGAAGGAGGGUUUUGAAGGAGUGGUUAACUCCUAGUACUUCUGGUUGAAAAUGGGCUCCACAGAUGCGACACAUUUGGUUGUUUCCUUAAUUUUCUUGGUCAUUUUAGGCUCAAAUCUCAUUGCAGGACAAACAUUCUCUUCAAAUUCUUCUAAGCCUGGUACAUAUGUUCGUGAUGUAAACAAUGGGUCACAACCUAUGAUACGGUCAGAUGAUACUGUGAGGUUGGAUCCACUUGAAAAUUUCAAGAAAUAUAAAGGAGGAUAUGAUAUCAAAAACAAACAUUAUUGGAGUUCAGCCAUAUUUACAGGAGUUCAUGGAUAUGUCAUUGGGGUAAUCUGGCUUCUGGGUGGCAUAGCAUAUGGAGGCUUUCUGCUAGCACUUGCUUUCUGCUGUAAAACUAGAAGGUAUGGACAGCAGAAGAAAAGAUUGCCUUGCCACAAGCAAUGUUGGCCUAUUCUGUUGGCUAUAUUUUUCACUACCCUAGCAAUAACUGCAUCUGGGCUAGUUCUUGGAGGGAAUGCGAAGUUCCAUUCACGAGCUAAAAAUGUGGUGGACAUCAUCAUUGACACGGCGAAUGACGCAUGGAAAACCAUGUACAACACAACAGGAGUAUUGAAAGACAUGAAAGAGAAUUUAGGAGUAUCUAAACAAAGGGCUGCCGCUCAGGCAUCUACCCUCCUUACCACCACAUCAGCGAAACUUGAUGCUGAAGCUGCUGAUAUACAAAGGCGAGCUCGGAAGAAUAGGCACUUGAUCGAUAAGGGUCUCAAGAUAGUUUAUAUAGUAACCACGGUGACAAUUUCCUUGAACCUGGCUGCACUAAUUGCUCUUUCAGUCUGUGGAACUCUGAGGUUACGGCGACCACUUUACAUAUUAAUUGUUGUUUGUUGGAUCCUGACUGUUCUAUGCUGGUUGUUCUUUGGGCUGUAUUUCUUCUUAGAAAACUUUUCAAGAGAUUCAUGUGCAGCUCUCAAAAACUUCCAACAGAAUCCUUACAACAACAGCUUGAGUUCAAUCCUUCCCUGCGAUCAAUUGCUCUCAGCAAAAGCAGUGUUAUUUGAUGUCAGUAGAGGGAUCUACAGACUUGUUAAUCAGGUGAAUGCAAACUUAUCAACCAUGCAAGGAGUACCUUAUACAGUUUGCAAUCCCUUCUCAGCACCACCUGAAUACCAAUACCAGCCUGAUAAGUGCCCUGCUAACACAAUCCGAAUCGGUGAGAUCCCACAGGUAUUGAAGGUAUUUACUUGUUCCAGUUUCGAUAAUGGAACAUGUGCCAACGGACAAUUCAUAUCGCCUAACUAUUAUAGAACAGUUGAGGCAUACAGCACAUCCAUUCAGAGCCUACUAAAUGUGUACCCUCAGAUGGAAAAUCUAGUACAAUGUAAAGCAGUGAAGGAUGCGUUCUCUGAGAUCCUUUUGUACCAUUGUAAACCAUUGAAAAGAUACGUUCGAAUGGUGUGGGCAUCAAUGGUGUUUCUCUCAUUAGUCAUGGUAUUUCUGGUUCUGAUCUGGACAAUGCUGGCUCAACAUGAGCAAGAACACCAUUCUUUAGACGGUUCUGUGAAGCCACGUUUGCCAUCUGUCGCAGAGGAAUUGGAAACUGGAACCAAAGAUAGCACAGAACAUACUGUUUCAGUCUAGGAAGUAGCAACAUUUUACCUAGGAUACUACAUUAAAUUCUGGAAGAUCAAUGGUGCAAGCCAACUUCCAAGAACACGGGAUCAAGAAUUCAUGGUACGAUAUUGCUAGGUAGAUUAGAUACAUACCAACAAAGAAAAUUAGUGCAGAAUUCAUGGUACUUCAAAUUUGAAGGCCUACUGGUUUUUUCACUUCUUUGAUUGAAUAUCAGACCCCAAAUCUGGGGCACAGAUUUGAAAACUUGAUGUACAUCCAAUUUAAUGUAUCAAAAACACUACCUUAAUACAAUCAAAUAUAAGCAACA